UUCGGUUCAAAAGGUUUGUGACCGGUUCAAAAGCUAAACGGUUUAGAGGAAGUGACCGAACCGGGAAGGCCACCGGUCGACGGUUGGACCGGCCGGUCCGAUCCGGUUUUAAAACGUUGGAAAGUAGUGAACAGAUGAAUUUUAUGCCAUGGAAAUCCAUUCCAAAUGUGUCAUAAAACACAACAAUUGAAUUUCCAUGAGACUUUCCAACAAUUUUCAUAUUCAAGUAGCUCUUUUAAUCUUCAAAAAAGUUAAAUAAAUCAUAACCCAAUAUCUAAUGUGUAAAGUAUACCAUUGUACUGCUAAAAGUUAUCCUCUUAUCACUACCAAAUCGGCUGAAAUUGGACUUUGAAGCCAAGCAGUUGCACACAUUUAAAUACAGAGGCUUGGUCAUCUUUUCUUGUCCUAGUCCAUUACCAAACUGAUGAGACUUUGAAGCCAAGCACUUCCCAUAUUUUAGAUAUGGAAGCAUCAAUAUCUUUUAUUGAUUCCUUGUAAAACAAUAUUGCACUACAUAUAAGAUUGCAGAGUGGUAGUUCCUUCCUUGUACUUCCCCAUCAAUCCCUCUUCUGCCAUGGCUCUCUCUGUGACAAGAACAAACCAAGGCCUUGUUCAGCCAUCCAAGAAGACCCCUUCUGGUACACUUGAUCUGUCGAUUAUUGAUAGAUUACCUGUCCUAAGGUGCAAUGCUCGGACACUGCAUGUGUUCAGGCAUGGCCCUGGUGCAGCACAAGUCAUACGAGAAGCCUUGUCCAUGGCAUUGGUUCCCUACUAUCCUCUUGCUGGACGGCUGAAAGAGUCGAGCCAUGGCGAGCUUCAAAUUGAAUGUUCUGGGGAAGGUGUGUGGUUUGUUGAGGCAUCUGCUGAGUGUAUGCUUGAUUCAGUCCAUUACUUUGACGACACUGCAUCCAUCCCCUAUGAUGAGCUUCUCCCUGAUCACAUCCCAGAAGCUGAAGGCAUAAAUCCACUUGUGCUAAUGCAGGUGACUCAAUUUGCAUGUGGUGGAUUUGUCAUGGGCCUCAUAUUCUGUCAUAGUAUUUGUGAUGGCUUAGGAGCCGCCCAGUUCCUAAAUGCUGUUGGGGAAAUGGCUAGAGGCCUUGAGAAUCCAAGCAUUGCGCCAGUGUGGUGUAGGGACUUUUCUCCACCUCCUCCCCAAGUCCCACAAACAAAUCCCACUGUCUUGCCAAACUUACCACCCCCCAUGCCUGACUACCAGCUGCAGCAUGCCAAUAUAGACAUUCCCCUGGAUCAGAUCAAUCAGCUAAAGCAUGAGUUCCAGAAAUCCACAGGCCAAACUUGCUCCACCUUUGAAAUUGUAGUUGCCAGUAUCUGGCGCCAUCGAACACAAGCUAUAAACUUGGGAGAGAACACCCAAGUCAAGCUUGUCUUCUUUGCAAAUUGCCGCCCGUUCUUGCAGCCUCCUUUGCCACAAGGCUUCUAUGGCAACUGUUUCUUCCCAGUGACCAUCACAACUUCCAGUGAGACAAUGGCACGGUCGUCAACUGCUGAUGUGGUAAAACUGAUCCAAGAGGAAAAAGUUAAGUUAUCAAACGAAUUUUGCAGGUGGUUGAAGGGCGAACUGGUUGAAGAUGGGGUAGAUCCAUUUGCACCACCCCUCAUCUACACCACAUUGUUUAUAUCAGAGUGGGGUAGACUGGGGUUUAACCAAAUUGACUAUGGGUGGGGCGCCCCAGUUCAUGUGGUUCCAAUACAAGGCUCUGCCAUCAUACCCGUUUGCAUUGUUGGAUUGCUGCCCUCACCAAAGAAAGGCAUCCGUUUGAUGACAUGGUGUGUUGAGGAGGCUCAUCAGCAACCCUUCCUUGAUUUGAUGUUGAAGUCAAGUACUUGAAUCAAUCUUCAAUUCUUCAUCUUAACCUUUGUAUUCAGACCUUUGGUCACAUAUCCCUUAAAUCUCUUUCAACUACUGUACUAAGCGUGAAGUACUGGUGAGAAUGUAAAAUAGCUCAAUUGGAAAUGAGGCAAAUAAGAGGAAACAGAGCUUCCAAUCAUUGAAAAUUGAACUAGCUAAAUAAAGCUUGGCUUGUUUAGACCAA